GUUUUAUUUAACGAAUUCUUUUUUUUUUCACUUAUUUAAAAUUGAUAAAAAAAAUAAAAUUUUUAUUAUGGCUUCUAUUCGAGAAGAUAUAGUUUUUGCUGCAUGCCAUAGAGCAUAUGCAUUAACAGAUUAUAAUAUUCAAAAUACCUUAGACAAACAAUUUGAAUUUAUGCAACGAACUAUUCUUGCUGACAAAUCUCUUACAAAAGAUGAAAAAUCACAUGCAGUAAAAUUAUUAAAUAAAGAUUUUGACUAUUAUAAACUUCUUGAUAAUGAAGGAACAAAAAGAAUUUGUGAAAAUUGUCAUGAUGAAUGUUUAGCUACAUUAUACUGUGAACAUUGUGUUCGAAAUUAUUUAAAAUCAAAUUUUUCAAACUGGACAUCUGGAAAUAAUGAUAUUGAUGAUUUAAUACAACAAUGUCAAAUGGAAACAAUUGCACCAAAUAAAAUAGUAGAAUGGAUCCCAUAUAAUAAAUUACAAAAUAUUAAAUAUUUAACUAAAGGUGGAUGUUCCGAAAUUUAUACAGCAGAUUGGAUUGAUGGAUUUUGUAAUGAAUGGGAUUCAAAAGAAAAACAAUUAAAAAGAUAUGGAGGACAUGAUGUAGUACUCAAAAAGUUAGAAAAUGUUGAAAGUGCUAAUAGAAGUUGGUUUGAAGAGGGUAAAUCUCAUUUAUCUAUAAGUGGCAAAUGUGCACAAGUUGUUCAAUGUUAUGGUUUAACAAAAAAUCCAUCAGAUGGAAAUUACAUGCUUGCGAUAUAUAAAUUGGAUUAUAAUUUAAGAGAAUAUUUACAACAAAAUCAUGAUAAAAUCAUGUGGGAAAGAAGAAUUCAAAUUAUUUAUCAUAUAGUGGAUGCCGUUUAUUUAAUUCAUAAUGAAAAUGCCAUUCAUAGAGAUUUGCAUUCUGGAAAUAUAUUAUUUAAUCAUGGAAACAUUCGUAUAAGUGAUCUUGGAUUUUGUGGACCAGCUGAUAAACCAUUAAAUAGUAUAUAUGGAAAUCUUCCUUAUAUUGCACCAGAAGUUAUUUCUGGAAAAAAAACUUCUUUCGCAUCUGAUAUUUAUAGUAUUGGAAUGCUCAUGUGGGAAAUUUCAUCUGGACAACCACCUUUUAUUAAUUUUGAAAAUGAUUAUGAACUUGCACUAAAAAUAAUAAAUGGAAUGAGACCAAAAAUAGUACCAGGAACUCCUUUAGAAUAUAAAGAAAUAAUGGAACAAUGUUGGAAUGCUGAUCCAACAAAAAGACCUGAUAUUAAAACUCUCAAUAGUAAAAUAGAAGAAAUGAAUAGGUUAAAUUAUCAAAAUGAGUUAAAAAAAAAUAAGAGUAUAGUUAAAAAAUUAUUUGAAAAAAUUAAAUUAUCCAAACCAAAAGCAAAUACUAUUGCAAAAAUAUAUGAAAUAAAUAAUUUUGAACCCACUAACACAAAUAGUAGAUUAUUUACAAGUAAAGUAUAUCAAUUUAAAAAUCUUCCUGAACCAAAAAAUGCAACGGAAGAAGAACAAGAAGCAUUUCAUAGUAAACCUUACAGCUUUAGCAUUCCCUAUAAUAUUGAAGACCUUGAUAACAAAAGUAAUAAUAAUACAUCAAAAUCAAAUGAUAUAUUUAAAGAUGAUAGCAAAAAACUGUCUAAAGUAUUUGAAACUAUGCAAAUAAAUUCAAAUAAUGAUAAUCAAGAUAAUUAUAAAGAAGGAACUAUACAAGUCAGAAAGCAUAAUAUUGAUGAUAUUAAUGAUAACGAUGAAAUAUAUAAUAAUCCAAAUCUUCAUUCAGAAGAACAAGUUGAAUUCGAAAUUCCUAAUGAUGGAUUCUAAUUAUUUAAAUUAUAUAAAUUAUAUGAUCAUAUCUUACGUUCAUUAUUUAUAUAUAUUUGUUUUUUUAUUUAGAAUUAUUUAAACAUUAAGAAUAGAGUAGCAAUUAGCAAAUCG